AUGAUAUUCUUAGAAGGGUGUUGCUUGGAGACAUCUGGUGAAUCCGAAUUCCUAAAUUACAGUGCUUCAACUGCCAAUCCUCUGUUUGACCCUUCGUUUCUAUUGCCUACUGUCGAAGCAAAAAAUGGUGAAUCUAGUGGGAACCCAUUAAAGGAGAUUCUAGGACCAGAAGAGAGGAAACUAUCAAUUUCCCCCGAUAAAUUGUUGACUAAUCAGCAUCAUGGACCAGAACAUUCUAUGAAAUCCCAGUCUCAGGUUGGAAACGUUUAUAACAAUAUCGGUUCUUUGGGUCAAUCUGAGAAUUAUUUGGUUGGAGGUUCUGAGCUUACCAGAAGAAGUCGUGGAUUGCCUGGUCGGGUCUUUCGGUGUGAGGUUCCUGAAUGGACUCCUGAUGUUCAAUUCUUCACAAGAGACGAGUACCCAAGAGUUGGUCGUGCACAACGAUACGUUGUUCGUGGAGCACUUGCAGUUCCUGUUCUUGAACAAGGUAGUCGCAAUUGCUUGGGCGUUAUCGAAUUUGUCUUGACAAAGCAAAAGAUCAAAUAUCUUCCCGAGCUUGAAAUUGUGUGCAAAGCUCUCGAGGCUGUUGAUCUCAUUCAAAAAGCUAAGAUGUGUGAUUUGUCUUAUCAAGCUGCAUUACCCGAGAUUUUAAUGGUUUUAAAAUCUGCAUGCAGAUCACAUAGAUUGCCGUUGGCUCAGACUUGGGUUCCGUGUGUACUACAGGGUAAAGAGGGAUGUUGGUACUCGGAUGAGAACUUAGUCAAUUGUGUUUUGAUGGUGAAUUCUGCUUACUACAUAGGUGAUCCCCGUAUUCAGAAUUUUCAAGAAGCUUGCUCUGAGCACAACUUGCUAAAUGGUCAAGUAGAGGAUAGAGAAUUGCUGGAGGAAUGUGCCUUGCCAGUAGAAGUGGCAAAUCCUCCACCAGUAGUUAAACAUAGUAAAGAAGUUCCAAAUGUGGAUCAAAUACAGUCUUCAAUGCUUUCGCAUGAUGUAUCAUCAGAGACUUUCGGUGAUAUGAGCCUUCAAAAGAGUGCUAGUUCUGUUUCAACAUUCCAGAAUGGAAAACCAAAAGAAAUGUCCUUGGAAUCGAAUCGAGAUCCAUCUGAUUUGGAAUUAAGAGCAGGUGUUGUCUUGGGUAGAAAUCCUUUAACUGCUGAUGGUAGCUCACAGUACACAAAGAAAACAGUGGACAAAAGACGUACCAAAGCAGAGAAUGUUAUUACGUUGCAAGUUCUUCGACAAUACUUUGCCGUGACCCUGAAAGACUGCCAAGAAUUUUGGUGUUUGCCCCAACACUUUGAAGAGGAUAUGCAGGCAGCAUGGGAUAAAGCGUUGGCCUUCUCACAUGAUCAAGAAGGUCAUGAAGGUCCAAUGGCUAAGGAAGAAUCUGUUAAUGGCAUGCAAAAGAUGGCUCGAAGUGAUGCACAUCUCCAUUUGCUGGGCAAUGGACCAAAGAACCUCUCAAGAUCUCCAAGCCAUGUAUCGUUUAUGUAUCUUCCUAAGCCCAAAAAUCUCCCGCAUGCACCAGAAGACCGUGGCUGA